AUGACCUACAUCGUCUCAAAUGAUCCCGCUUGGUGGUCGUUCCUCAGCUAUGGUCGCUUUUUUAGCUAUUUUGUAGUUGCAUCCUUUGCUGUGGUGGUAUACGAUUGGGCAUUAACAUUCACACAAGAGUUCGAACUUAUCUGGAGGCAACGCUGGUCCUUCAUGACCAUUCUUUAUGUUUGUGUGCGCUACAUUGGAAUAUUGUAUUCUCUGUAUCGCCUACUUACUAUCGUCUCUCCCAGUCCCGAUGACAGACAUAGUGGGUAUUCAGCACCGACGUGUGACGUUCCCAUUCCCAUUCAACCACUAAGUGCACUACUACACAGGGGCAAUGUUCUUUAUUUCGUACAUAUGUGGAUACCUGUUGUCGUCAAUGCCAUGCUGGGCGUCAUCCUGAUGACUCGGAUACACGCCAUGUAUGGGCAAUCCAGAAAGAUACUCAUCGUUCUCGCCAUACUCUUGCUGGUUUCCACAAUCGCCACCGGAGUUAUGACGGUAAUUGGAAAUCUGGGUUUUUCAGGGGGGGAGGCCGUGCUCUCUGGUUUCCAUAUGUGUAUCUUCGAAUUGGACGCAAGCGCGAAUGAUCUGAAUGACGACAUGUUGAUACCCACCGCUACAUGGGAAAUCCUUGUCUUUUUUCUUGCAGUCUGGAUUGUUAUAAAACACUUCCGUGAACUGCGACAAUUGCACAGAGGAUCGACCAUUGGAGACUGUUUCACGGUGCUAAUACAAAGUCAUGCGUGGUACUUUCUAGCCUUCGUUGUCGUGGAAUGCUUCGCUCUUGGUUCAUUGUCUCCAACUCUCAUGUACUCAUCUGCUUUGGGAGCUGCUGUUUUUGGUGGCGUUUUCACUAUUGCUGUGGGGUUCCAGAUGUGUGUGUUGGGACCACGUCUGAUUCUCAGUGUUCGUGAAUAUAACGCUAAGAUCGUGGCCGAGUCCGACGAGGGAACACACAUGACGUCCAUUGCUUUCCAGGCCGGUGGAGACGUAUUGACUGGCGGAGAUGUGUAG